AAACUGCACAUCACAAUGAAAUAUGGUGGCUUCUAUGGCUUGAUUUUAUUUAAACCUGAAUGGCACCUCCUUAUUCAUAGAGUGGAAUGUUUUUCAAAAUCACCUUACUUUUCUUUUCAUUCACUCACUUGAUUCCUUGAAUUUGGAUAUUGAGCUUCAAUUCUUCUGUGUGCCAAUCUACUCUCAAGUCACUCGCUCACUCCACUCCUCCACUCCCUCCACUCACUCCACUCACCAAUCCAUCAACCCACCCUACACCCCUCGAAAAUAUGAAGACCGUCUCCAUCGUUGCCAUCACCGCAGUGCUCGCAGGUCUCACCUCGGCACAGAAUGGACUCCCAACUUGUGCAGUAAGUUCGAAUAAGCUUUUCUACCCAACGUUAUACAAAUCACCCCUAUCUGUGGUGCCGCCGUGUGUCAAUCUAGUCAAGCUGUUGUGCGCCAUAUGCAAGCCUAUUGAUACCAAUAUUCCAUGUAGCAAUCGUGUGUGACCAGGUACACGUCCGGGUCUGAGAUCGGUGGCUGCACCAACCUUGAUGUCGCCUGCAUCUGUUCGAAUUCCUCGUUUUUGAGUGGCAUCGCGUGCUGUUUGGCGGACGCCUGCGAGGCGGCAGAUGAGGCGAUCGCGGUUGCUUAUGCUCGAAAUCUGUGUCGGACUGCUGGCGUAACCAAUCUGCCAUCUGCAAUCUCGUGCGCCUCGACUGCUAGCUCAACCGCCUCGGGCACAUCGAGUAGUGCGACUGGAGCAUCUUCCACGACCACUUCAGGCUCAGCGGACGCAACAACUACAUCGGGUACGCGCACAGCUUCGGGCGCUGGCGCAAGUGGAUCAUCAACUGGAACAUCGCCUUCCGCGUCAGCUUCUGCCGCAAAUAACGCAGGGCUUCAGAAGGAAAUCGGUGGAGCUGCCUUGUUUGGUGGAUUAGCAGCAGCCAUCAUCGGGCUGUUGUGAUAGAUGGCACGGCUUAUGAUAAAAGGGGUGUGGUUGGGGUUGCUUUUGAAUCUGCAACAUGAUGGAUUGGGGUCAAAUCUAGGUUUGUGGAGCACAUUUGCAUGGUUGUAAUAAUCAAUCGGAACCCUGAGGUCAAAAGCACUUUCAUUUCUGGGAGACAACUGGGGCUUUUCAAGGACAGGGAUAAAAAGAAUGCCGGAGGAUGAGUUCACUUCUACACAUAAUACUGAGCACAUUGUCAAGUACAUUGUCAUCCUACUAAAGGCUGAAUAAAUUUAAUCAUACUUUUGUCAAUCCGUCCAAA